AUGGGAACCGUGCUGUCUUUGUCACCCAGCUACCGAAAGGCGGCUCUCUUCGAGGAUGGACCGGCCACCGUGGGCCACUACACGGCUGUGCAGAACAGCAAGAACGCCAAAGACAAGAACCUGAAGCGCCACUCGCUCAUCAACGUGCUCCCCUGGAAGCGGAUUGUAGCGGUGUCAGCCAAGAAGAAGGGCUCCAAGAAGGUGCAGCCCAACGGCACCUACCAGAACAAUGUCACCCACCUGAACAACGAAAACCUGAAGAAGUCGCAGUCCUGUGCUAACCUGUCCACCUUCACCCAGGAUCAGAGCACUCCAGCUCUCACCAAGAGCUCCAACAAUACAGCAUCGUCGGUCAAGAAGGCCCCCCUGACCAACUCCAAUGUGGCCCCGGGGACCCCUAAGAGAGUGAUUGUCCAGGCCUCCACCAGUGAGCUGCUGCGCUGCCUCGGGGAGUUUCUGUGCCGGCGCUGUUACCGGCUGAAACACCUGUCACCCACUGACCCAGUGCUGUGGCUGCGCAGCGUGGACCGCUCCCUGUUGCUCCAAGGCUGGCAGGACCAGGGAUUCAUCACCCCUGCCAAUGUGGUCUUCGUCUAUAUGCUGUGCCGUGACGUGGUCUCCUCCGAGGUGGCCACGGAGCAUGAGCUGCAGGCCGUGCUGCUCACCUGCCUCUACCUGUCUUACUCCUACAUGGGCAACGAGAUCUCCUACCCCCUCAAGCCCUUCUUGGUGGAGAGCUCCAAGGAGACCUUCUGGGACCGCUGCCUCUCCAUCAUCAACCUGAUGAGUGCAAAGAUGCUCCAGAUCAACUCCGACCCGCACUACUUCACUCAGGUGUUCGCAGACCUGAAGAACGAGAGCCAAAAGGAGGAGGAGAGGAGCCGCCUGCUCAUCGGCCUGGACCGGUGA